AUGGCGGCGUUCGUAGCUAGGGAGAGGCGGGAUAGGGUCGUACUUGACACUUGCCGUUGGUCGGCGGCCGGCGGCCUUGCCGUGGGUCGGCGGCCGGCGGCCUCGCCGUUGGUCGUCGGUCGGCGGCCUCGCCGUUGGUCGUCGGUCGGCGGCCUCCCCGUUGGUCGGCGGCCGGUGGCCUCGCCGUUGGUCGGCGGCCGGCGGCCUUGCCGUUGGUCGGUGGCCGGCGACCGGCGGCCUUGCCGUUGGUCGGCGGCCGGCGGCCUUGCCGUGGGUCGGCGGCCGGCGGCCUUGCCGUGGGUCGUCGGCCGGCGGCCUUGCCGUUGGACGGUGGCCUUGCCGUUGGUCGGCGGCCGGCGGCCUUGCCGUUGGUCGGCGGCCGGCGGCCUUGCCGUUGGUCGGCGGCCGGCGGCCUUGCCGUUGGUCGGCGGCCUGCGGCCUUGCCGUUGGUCGUCGGUCGGCGGCCUUGCCGUUGGCCGGCGGCCUUGCCCUUGGUCGGCGGCCUUGCCGUUGGCCGGCGGCCGGCGGCCUUGCCGUGGGUCGGCGGCCUUGCCGUUGGCCGGCGGCCUUGCCGUUGGCCGGCGGCCUUGCCGUUGGUCGGCGGCCUUGCCGUUGGCCGGAGGCCGGCGGCCUUGCCGUUGGUCGGCGGCCGGCGGCGAUGCCGUUUGUCGGCGGCCGGCGGCGAUGCCGUUUGUCGGCGGCCGGCGGCCUUGCCGUGGGUGGGGGACCGGCGGCCUUGCCGUUGGUCGGCGGCCGGCGGCCUUGCCGUUGGUCGGCGGCCGGCGGCCUUGCCGUUGGUCGGCGGCCGGCGGCCUUGCCGUUGGUCGGCGGCCGGCGGCCUUGCCGUUGGUCGGCGGCCGGCGACCGGCGGCCUUGCCGUUGGUCGGCGGCCGGCGGCCUUGCCGUGGGUCGGCGGCCGGCGGCCUUGCCGUGGGUCGGCGGCCGGCGGCCUUGCCGUUGGUCGGCGGCCGGCGGCCUUGCCGUUGGUCGGCGGCCUUGCCGUUGGUCGGCGGCCGGCGGCCGGCGGCCUUGCCGUUGGACGGCGGCCUUGCCGUUGGCCGGCGGCCUGCGGCCUUGCCGAUGGUCGGCGGCCGGCGGCGAUGCCGUUUGUCGUCGGCCGGCGGCCUUGCCGUUGGUCGGCGGCCUUGCCGUUGGUCGGCGGCCGGCGGCCUUGCCUUGGUCGGCGGCCGGCGGCCUUGCCGUUGGUCGGCGGCCGGCGGCCUUGCCGUUGGUCGGCGGCCGGCGGCCUUGCCGUUGGUCGGCGGCCGGCGGCCUACGGCCUUGCCGUUGGCCGGGGGCCGGCGGCCUUGCCGUUGGCCGGCGGCCGGCGGCCUUGCCGUGGGUCGGCGGCCUUGCCGUUGGCCGGCGGCCUUGCCGUUGGUCGGCGGCCGGCGGCCUUGCCGUUGGUCGGCGGCCGGCGGCCUUGCCGUUGGUCGGCGGCCGGCGGCCUUGCCGUUGGUCGGCGGCCGGCGGCCUUGCCGUUGGUCGGCGGCCGGCGGCCUUGCCGUUGGUCGGCGGCCCGCGGCCGGCGGCCGGGCCGUUGGUCGGCGGCCGGCGGCCGGCGGCCGGGCCGUUGGUCGGCGGCCGGCGGCCGGGCCGUUGGUCGGCGGCCGGCGGCCUUGCCGUUGGUCGGAGGCCUUGCCGUUGGUCGGCGGCCGGCGGCCUUGCCGUUGGUCGGCGGCCUGCGGCCUUGCCGUUGGUCGUCGGUCGGCGGCCUUGCCGUUGGCCGGCGGCCUUGCCCUUGGUCGGCGGCCUUGCCGUUGGCCGGCGGCCGGCGGCCUUGCCGUGGGUCGGCGGCCUUGCCGUUGGCCGGCGGCCUUGCCGUUGGCCGGCGGCCUUGCCGUUGGUCGGCGGCCUUGCCGUUGGCCGGAGGCCGGCGGCCUUGCCGUUGGUCGGCGGCCGGCGGCGAUGCCGUUUGUCGGCGGCCGGCGGCGAUGCCGUUUGUCGGCAGCCGGCGGCCUUGCCGUGGGUGGGGGACCGGCGGCCUUGCCGUUGGUCGGCGGCCGGCGGCCUUGCCGUUGGUCGGCGGCCGGCGGCCGGGCCGUUGGUCGGCGGCCGGCGGCCUUGCCGUUGGUCGGCGGCCGGCGGCCUUGCCGUUGGUCGGCGGCCGGCGGCCUUGCCGUUGGUCGGCGGCCGGCGGCCUUGCCGUGGGUCGGCGGCCGGCGGCCUUGCCGUUGGUCGGCGGCCGGCGGCCUUGCCGUUGGUCGGCGGCCGGCGGCCGGCGGCCUUGCCGUUGGACGGCGGCCUUGCCGUUGGCCGGCGGCCUGCGGCCUUGCCGAUGGUCGGCGGCCGGCGGCGAUGCCGUUUGUCGUCGGCCGGCGGCCUUGCCGUUGGUCGGCGGCCGGCGGCCUUGCCUUGGUCGGCGGCCGGCGGCCUUGCCUUGGUCGGCGGCCGGCGGCCUUGCCGUUGGUCGGCGGCCGGCGGCCGGCGGCCUUGCCGUUGGUCGGCGGCCGGCGGCCUGCGGCCUUGCCGUUGGCCGGGGGCCGGCGGCCUUGCCGUUGGCCGGCGGCCUUGCCGUUGGCCGGCGGCCUUGCCGUUGGUCGGCGGCCGGCGGCCUUGCCGUUGGUCGGCGGCCGGCGGCCUUGCCGUUGGUCGGCGGCCGGCGGCCUUGCCGUUGGUCGGCGGCCGGCGGCCUUGCCGUUGGUCGGCGGCCGGCGGCCUUGCCGUUGGUCGGCGGCCGGCGGCCGGCGGCCGGGCCGUUGGUCGGCGGCCGGCGGCCUUGCCGUUGGUCGGAGGCCUUGCCGUUGGUCGGCGGCCCGCGGCCUUGCCGUUGGUCGGCGGCCGGCGACCGGCAGCCUCGCCGUUGGUCGGCGGCCGGCGGCCUUGCCGUUGGUCGGCGGCCGGCGGCUGGCGGCCUUGCCGUUGGUCGGCGGCCGGCGGCCUUGCCGUUGGUCGGCGGCCGGCGGUCGGCGGCCGUCGGCCUUGCCGUUGGUCGGCGGCCGGCGGCCUUGCCGUUGGUCGUCGGCUGGCGGCCGGCGGCCUUGCCGUUGGUCGGCGGCCGGCGGCCUUGCCGUUGGUCGGCGGCCGGCGGCCGGGCCGUUGGUCGGCGGCCGGCGGCCGGGCCGUUGGUCGGCGGCCGGCGGCCUUGACGUUGGUCGGCGGCCGGCGGCCGGCGGUCUUGCCUGUUACGAUAAGAAUGAAAUUGAUAGAAAAUGUGAAGUACAACCCUAG